GAUUGCUUGAUAACUUGUUAUUUUAUCGCGUUAAAAAUGUUGAGUUCUCGGUACUACAGUGCUUCACGGCUCGGCACGGAUGCGAAACCGCGGACUGCGAUGAUAGUGGACGAAGAUGAUGAGCUGUACAGCGGGUUCAAUGAUGUGGCGCCUGCACUGGACACCCGCAACCUACGUGAGGACCAGGCCUUCCAGGAGACGCUGCGGACGGCUGGCAUCGGCAGGAAGGUGCCCAGUCGCAUGGGCACUGGGAUGUUUCGUCUAGGCACAGUAAGCGUGCGCGGAGGCAGCUCUCGCGCGGGCACGGCGGCGGCGCGGCCCGUGACGGCCGUGCGAGCCGCCGGCUACACCAGCCAAGCGCCCAAGACGCCUACCCGCGACGACGCUAAGGAGGACAGCAUCGAAGAUAAGGUAAAACAAAUGGAGGCUCGGAUUAUGACGCUAGUGGAAGAGUCGUGUAUGCUCAGCGCUCAGCCCGAUACGGAUGACGACUCCAAUAUCAAGAGAGACUAUGAUUUAGGACAGGCUUUGGCAAAAGCUCAAGAAGCCUCUGCUCUGGAAAGGCAACUGAUUCGUAUGCAGGAACAGGCCAAUCUUGGGGAUACACACAAUUUGGAUCUUACAUUUGCAGUUCUGUGUAAUCUAGCUGGGCAAUAUGCUCUAAACGAAAUGUACACGGAGGCCCUGAACACAUACCAACUGCUCACCAGAAACAAACUGUUUCCUCACGCGAACCGUCUCAAGGUAAAUAUGGGAAAUAUUUACUUCAAAAUGGGUGAGCACCCAAAAGCGUUAAAACUUUACAGAAUGGCGUUGGAUCAAACACCAACUGCUGAAAAGGAUCUAAGAAUGAAGGUGAUGCACAAUAUUGGCCUUCUGCUUGUAAGGAUGGGCAAAUUUCGUGAUGCUGUGACAAAUUUUCAACACAUAAUGCAUGAACAAGGCGACUUUCAAACAGGGCUGCAUCUCGUGCUAUGCUCAGUGGCACUAAACGAUGCCGAAGGAGGAAAAGCCGCAUUCCACGCUAUGCUAGAUGUGGAGCCACCUUCCUGUCACCAGGAUAUCUCCAUAGACGACGAAAAUGACGCGUACGAGUGUGUGCUCAGAGACGUGCUCCGCGGCGACAGGCUGUCGCGCUGGUCGCGCCGCGCCGCCGCCGACGCCGAGCGCUGCCUGGCGCUGGCCGCCGCCGCGCUCGUGCGCCCCGCCUCCCGCGACGACGACUCGGGCGGCAUGUCAUGGUGUGUAGAGGCGCUGCGCGGCUACAGCGGCGGCGGCGCGGGCGCGCGCCUCGAGCUGGGCGGCGCGCUGGCGGCGCUGCGGCCCGCGCGGGCCCGUCCCGCCGCCGCCGGGCUUAAAGCGCUGCAGCGGCUGAAAGCCGUGGCGAGAGCGCAUCCUAAUGACCGCGUGCUAAGAGCUGAAGCGAACGCGGACGCUGCCUUUGUGGCGUAUGCGCUCGGCAACUGGUCGGAAGCGCGCCAGCUAAGCGAGGCGGCGGCGCGCGACGACCCGUAUUCAUGCGCUGCGCGCGUUUCUGCAGCGCUAGGAGCGGCGCGCGAGCGAGACGCCUGGCCCGAAGCCGCGCGGCAACUGGCCGCCGCUAGUCAUCUGGACCCGGCUGAUUUACCCGAAGCCGCGCGCCAGCUAGCAGCCGCUAGUCAUCUGGACCCAGCUGACCUGGUCGCUAUGCACGACCUGGCUCUAGCAUUAGAGAAAAGCGGCGAGCCGACAGCUCUCGAAGCGGCCGAAGCGCGCUGGUCGCGGAUCCGCAGCGCUGCGGGUGCGGGCGCCACGCUUCGUGCACUGGCCGCAGCCGGGCUAGCGCGGGUGGCGCGAGACCGCUCCGACGAUUCCUCCGCUGCUGACCACUGGUACAGCAUGGUGGGCGGCUGGGACGCGGGCGUGGCGCGCGCGCAGGCCGCGCUGCACGCAGAGCUGGGUGACGCACAGGCUGCCAAGCACCACUACCAAGACGUGGAGGCGGUGUGGCCUUGCGACACGACCGCGCUGGAGUGGCUGGCGCGCGAGGCGCCGCCCGACGCCGCGCUGCAUUACUACCGCCGCGCGGCGCGCCUGCAGCCCAAUAAUCCUCGUUGGGGCCUUUUGAUGGGCGGUUGUCUCCGAGCCAACGGGCGCUAUCAGGAAGCGCUCUCUUUAUACAAAAAGAUGAACGCUAAGUUUCCAGAUAAUGUCCAGUGUCUUAAGCUAAUUGUGAAGCUGUGCGGUGAUCAAGGGCUUUCUGAAACACACACUUGGACCAAAGAGCUGCAACGCGCUCAAGCGAGGCUCAAGCAGCAGGAGCGAGUUUCAAUGACGUCAGCUGGCAGCGGAUCAUCAGGCGCCAGCCACUCUCCAAUAGAUCAAAUCAGAGCGGGAUCUCGCGGCGGCAGCGCUGCGCAGCCGCCCUCUACCGCCCACCUUUCCAGCGGAGGUAGCGCCCUCUCGCGCACAUAUUCUGGUGAAACAACUCACGACGGCGGGCCCAUGCUAAACCGUUCUAUAAAUCGCUCGGAACCGCGAAAGAAAAACUUAGACGAAUUUGAUGACGACUUACCUUUACCGCCAGAGUAAAUGUAUUAUGUUU